GAGCCCAGAGCCCCUCGAUCAUUCGCCGCCUUAGCGCCCAGUAUGGCUGCAGUGAAGACGAGGUCGAGCGCAGCCUAGCCGUGUUCCGGCUGGCCGACCGGUCCAACAAUGGCGUCAUCGAGAGGGAGGAGUUCACACAGCUUGUGGAGCGCACCCUGCAGGUGGAACUCUCGCCCAAGGAGCUGGAUGGGUACUGGCAGGACCUUUGCCCUGGCAACGGCCCCCAGCGGAUCAGCUUCGAAGAGUGGUUUGGCUGGGUUCGUCGCAACUACCUCCCUUUCCAGGAGCUUACUGUCGACGUGCCCGUUCCUGAAAGCUACGAGCUUAUCACGAGUGCCGUGGGCGUGGCCCUGGCAAUCUACGUGUUGGGUCAGUUCGAUGCCAUUGCCUCGAGCUUCCGCGGGCUUUCUGGCACGCCGCUGACGCUGUGGGCUCCACCCCUAGGCUCCGUGGUCGUGCUCCUCUUUGGCCCCGGACUCCAGGGCCGGCGCGGGGCGAUCAGUGACACAGACGCUGUGCGAACGGUGCUGGUUGCCUGCGUUGGCUGCGCUUUCUGCGCCAUGCUGGCCAUCUACAGCUUCGGUGGCGACCAGCCGGCAAUAACCCGGGCAGCAGCAGCGAGCGGCUCCCUACUUUGGAUGCGCUCCACACGGAGCCUCUUCGCCCCUGCUGGGGCCUUCGCUUGCCUGGCUGUGGACCAGGCCCUCCCUCGGCUGCCACCCGUUCGGGACUGGCAGUGGGUUGCCGAGGGUGUGCAGCUUAUCGUCGUUCCGGCCGUUGUCGGAUCCCUGUUCCUUUUCGCCGCGCAGUCAGCGGCCGUUUUCCUGAGGAGCAAGUUUGCAUGGCAGGAGGCGCUCUCCAUUCAGGACACUUGGCUGGUGGGAGAGCUUCGCUCGGCCUUCCCUUCCUUACCGAAGCGAGAGCUCUCGAAGCUCUUGAGAGAAGCAGAGGAGGUCUACUACAAGCCCCGCUCUGUUCUGACGGACCAGGGGGAGGUGAACCCCUACAUUUGGCUCGUCGUUUCGGGAAGCCUCGUUGUGGAGGUGGGCGGUCAGGUGGCCUCCACAUUGGAGCGGAAAGCCAUCAUCGGAGAGGUGACCUUCCUUGACCCCAAGGACAAGCUCGCGACAGCCACGGUCUACGCGAACACGGGCGGGGCACGAACGCUCCGUUGGUCGCAGGACCGGCUGCGUGAGUUCUGCGAGGAGGAGGCAGCCUUAGGCGAGAAGGUGAUGGCCGCCAUAUCGGAGGAGCUCAUUGAGAAGAUGGUCCGCGGUCGGGGAGCCGGCCGGCGUUCUCCCGAGGAGUCCGUGAGACUCUUGGCGCAGCUCCGGAAGGCUUUCCCUCAGCUUGGCAUGGCGGAGGUGCCACGAUUCCUCAAAGUGGCCGACAGCGUCACCUAUUCGGAAGGCAGCUGCCUGACCACCCAGGGGAUCGAGAACCGCUUCCUCUGGCUGGUCUUGUCGGGAUCCCUGAGUGUCAAUGUCAACUCUCAAACCGUGGCUCAGCUGUCCGACGGUGCCCUCAUCGGCGAGGCCACCUUCCUCGGCUUCGCGGCUGAGAGCUUGGCUUCGGCGACGGUCCGGGUCGACGAGGAAGAGGGUGUGCAGACAUUGCGCUGGUCGCAGGACAGUUUGCGUUCGCUAUUGGUGGAGGAUGCCGGGCUGCGAGACAAGUUAAUGCCUGCCUUUUCUGACGAGCUUCUGCGACACAUGCGCGGG